AUGGACGUUUUCAAACUCGAUCAGUCGCUGAGCGCGGGUUUGGGCAGCGCCCCGGCGCCAGACACCCUCACGCCGGAAGUGUCGUUCGACGCCGGCAGUGAGUUUAACCUGAGCUUCUUCGACGGCCCGGAGGAGAACAACAGCACCCAGGGCUUCAGCGACCCCGGUUCCGUGGGUAGCGCCAGCGCCUCGCCGCCUCCCGGCACCCCUGCCUCCGCCACCGCCGGUGUUAAUAAUCCGAACGCGCCCCCGCUGCCGAUUGUCCAAGUGCCCUCCGCCGGCAUCGUCAUUAAACAAGAACAGCAUUACGCAGCAGCUGAUUCCAACAGUUCGACGCCCGCUAAGAGCUUCGUACCCUGCAAGGUCUGCGGCGAUAAGGCGAGCGGUUAUCAUUACGGCGUUACCAGCUGCGAGGGUUGCAAAGGCUUCUUCAGGAGGAGCAUACAGAAGCAGAUAGAGUACAGGUGCUUGAGGGACGGCAAGUGUCUUGUCAUCAGAUUAAAUCGGAACCGUUGCCAGUACUGCAGAUUCAAGAAGUGCCUAGCCGUCGGCAUGUCCAGAGACUCCGUGAGAUACGGCAGGGUGCCGAAACGCUCGAGAGAACGCGGCCCCGAGGACACGAUGGCGACGACCAUGACGACGACGACGACGACGACGACGAUGGCGGCCAUGGAAAUGCAGCAACUGACUACGCCCGACACCGGCAACAACAACGCCAGCAACAAGAACAACAACAACAACAACAAUAAUAAUAACAACAACAACAAUAACACCCAGAGCCAGAACGCAAUCUCGCGGGUGCCGUCGGCGGCGGUGGUCGAGGCCGAUCAAUCGGAUGCUGACGUGAAGCAACUGGCUGUGUACGAUGUGAUUCAUCAGGUGUCACAGGCUCAUCACGCCCAUUGCGGCUUCACGGAAGAGUCCACCAGGGGCCUUACGAGGAAACCCAUGAUAAUACCGGCGAGUAAUUCUUCGCAGCCCGCGAGCCCAGAAGAUCCGGAAGCGGCGUCCUCGACCGCGGAGACGGUCGAGUCGCAGAGGAUCUGGCUGUGGCAGCAAUUUGCCACGAGGGUCACGCCGUCGGUACAGAGGGUGGUGGAGUUCGCGAAACGGAUGCCGGGAUUCUGCGAGCUCUCGCAGGACGACCAGCUGAUCCUGAUCAAAGUCGGCUUCUUCGAGGUGUGGCUCUGUCACAUCUCCAAGAUGACCACCGACAAUUCGAUGACCUUCGAAGACGGCACCUACUUCACCCGCCAGCAGCUGGAACUGAUGUACGAGCCCGACUUUGUGUCCGCGCUGAUGCAAGUCACGUCGUCGCUGAACGCCCACCAACUGACGGACACCGAGCUAGGCCUGUUCUCGGCGGCGGUGCUGCUGAACGAGCGGCCGGGACUGAACGACGUCAAGGCCGUGCAGAGGUUGCAGGAUCGCGUGCUGGAGGCGUUGAGGGUGCAGGCGGCGCGGCCCUCCGGCGAGAGUGCCGGCAGCACCGCGAUCACCAACGUCUCGCAGAGGAUACCCGAGCUGAGGGCGCUCGGCGCCAGACACGCCAAUCUCCUGGAUUGGUUCCGCAGGAACUGGACGAAGCUCAAGUUACCGCCGCUGUUCGCCGAGAUAUUCGACAUUCCCAAGUGCGAGGAGGAUUUGCAAUGAAAAGCAGCCUCUGUAAACAACCAGCGAGGUAAUUCGAGACCAAUGAUGCCGUGGUGUUGGCGAAAAAUCGAGUCGCCCAGCGCUUACCAAGACCGUUCUGAAUAGAUCUAGAAUCGUUCGUUUUAACUCGUAGAGUUAGCAAGAUACAGAUCUAACGAGAUCCGAGUUACAUGAAGAACGGACAGGUUGAAACACGAGGAAUGAAGCAUGCCUGUGAAGAUUGUCUGUCGCAAGAAAUGUUAGAAAAUUGAAGGGAAAGGAAAAGCGGAGACGCGAUUGUCGACGGCUAUCGUCGACGAUGAUUCCCAUUGACGUGUCGCGGGAUAUUUCUCGGGUUGUUCGUAAGUCAGCGGGAAAGGA